AUGAAGAUCUCUUCUGAGGAUUUAACCAAUGGCGAUUUGCUGCUGCUGAAGCCAGGCAUGAGGGUGCCGUGCGACUUGCUGCUGCUGCAGGGGACAGUGGUGCUAGAUGAACACUGCCUUACUGGGGAGUGCUUUCCAGUACUUAAGGGCUCUUUGCCCCUCAGUAAGAACUGCGAAAGAGUCAUAUCUUUGGAGCAGGAGUCGGGUCACUUGGUGUUUGCUGGAACAGAAGUUUUGGCUUCGACGGGCAGCACCGAAACAACUGGAAACUUCGCAGGAGAGUCUCUGUCGUUUUUGUUUUGUUUGGCGCUGCUGACAGCAGUUGCAAUUUGCUUCACUGGAUAUUCUUUUUAUAAAAGAGGAGUUCAUUUCAAAACUGCUUUUUUCCUUUUGGGAGAUUUGCUGACAGACGCUUUGCCCCCAGCCCUCAGGGCCACCCUCUCCGUUUCCCUCACAGCUGCUGCUGCCAGGCUGUUUUCGCUCUACGGCAUUUCCGUUGUGUCUCCCAGCCGCAUCAAUGCCUGCGGCUUCGUGCGCUGUCUUUGUUUGGACAAGACGGGGACUUUGACUGAAGAUGGAGUUUCUUUGUUGGGUUGUCUCACAGCUUGCCACUGCAGCAGCAGCAGCAGCAGCAGCAGCAGCAGCAGCAGCAGCAGCAGCGGCAGCAGCAGCGGCGUCGGCGGUGGUGGGGCGUGCAGCUGCGGGGAGGGGCGGCGGGAGGCCGAGCGCAGCGCCGCUGCGCGCGGCAGAGAUACUGCAGCAGCAGCAGCAGAUAGCCCAGCAGCAGCAGCAGCAGCAGCAGCAGCAGCAGCAGCAGCAGCAGCAGCAGGAGCGACCUCCCACCUCAGCGACUCCCUCGUGCCUGCGUCGGCGCUGCAGCCCUGCAGCAGCAGCUGCUGCGCCUGCUGCAGCUGCCGCAUUCAUUUGCUGCAGUGCAUGUCUUGCUGCUCUUCUCUUGCAAACAUAAAAGGGAAUGUUGCAGGUGACCCUCUUGAGGCCUGUUUGCUUGCUGCUGCUGGCUGGCAGCUGAUGGAUGCUGCUGCUGCUGCUGCUGCUGCUGCUGCAGCAGCAGCAGGGGGCCGCAAGGCGCGAAGUGCAGCGGGAGGAGCAGCAGAAGCGGCAGAAGAAGCAGCAGCAAAUGAGCUGCACCUCGCGCAGCAGUUCGAGCUGCUGCAGCAACGGCUAGGCGCAGCAGCAGCAGCAGCAGCAGCAUCAAGGGGAGCCACAUUCUUCUUUCCCAGGCGGCAGCAAACAAAUGCGGCCUCCUGGGACCUGGGCCCCAGACUCUGCGUCAUUCGCCGCUUUCUGUUCAACGCUCUGGUCAUGCGGAUGUCAGUGAUUGCCAUUUGCCUCAACACUGGGGCUUUGAUGAUAUAUUCGAAGGGCAGCCCUGAGAGUUUGCUGCCUCUUUGCGACCCUGAGACGGUGCCGCCAGGCACUGAGAAGCGCAUCACCGAUUUUGCUGCUUUGGGAUACAGAGUGCUGGCUGCAGCGUGGCGGCCCGUGGGGCGGCAGGAAAAGUGGGAGCGGGUGGAGCGGCAGCAGGCCGAGAGCAGUUUGCUGUUUUUGGGAUUAUUUGUUUUUGUAAAUAAAUUAAAAAAAGAAACAAAAGAAACAAUUAAAGUUUUAAAAGAAGCAAAAAUCGACCUGCGAGUUCUCACCGGCGACUCGCCGCACACGGCCAUCGGCGUUGCUGCGGAGUGCGGCAUGCUCGACGGCCAGGACAGCAGCAGCAGCUGCUGCUGCUGCUGCAGCAGCGGCAGCAGCAGCAGCGGAGAGCCGGGCGAAGUGGGCGCGCAUGCGAAAGACACGCGGGCUCUACAGAGCCACACAGACAGCAAAAGCUUCGCACAGCUGCAGCAGCAGCAGCAGCAGCAGCAGCAGCAGCAGCAGCAGCAAGAGCCGCUGCAACAGCUGGAGCAGUAUUUUGAGGGACACCAACCGCUUCAUAUCUUACGCACACAUCAUGCGUUGAUUAUGGGAGAUGUCUACUCCCGCCACGAAGAAGCUGUUGGCCGCCGGGAGUUUCUUGUCUGGUCUUUGGUGCUGCUGCCGCGGGGGCCUGACGCGCAGCAGCAGCAGCAGCAGCAGGAGCAGCAGCAGCAGCAGCAGCAGGAGCAGCAGCAGCAGCAGCAGCAGGAGCAAGACCCUGCAGCAGGGCUGCAGCCUUUGUCUUCUCUAGAUAUUCGCGUGCUGCUGUCGCUGCUGCCGGAUGCAAGAAAAGCUGUUUUGGUGUUAACAGGCCGCGCCUUCCGCCACCUCUCCCGGCUGCACUUCUUGCUGGGGCUUCCCUUUUCUGAGCGCUGCGACCAAAUAGUUCAAGACGUUUUGGCUCGACAUCAUUACCAGCUGCAGCAGCUGCAGCAGCAGCAGCAGCAGCAGCAGCAGCAGCAGCUGCCGUCGGUGCAGCAGCAGCAGCAGCAGCAGGAACAGCAGCAGCAACAGCUGGGCGCAGGAAGCGCGCACGCGGAGUCCGCGCUGCUGCCGCUAGCUGAACUUCCCCCCCAUGCCGAUCAACAGCAGCAGCAGCAGCAGCAGCAGCAGCAGCAGCACGGGGCUGCUGCUCACGCCGAAAAGCUCAGAGAUGCUGUUGAAGAUCUGCUGUUUCAGACAUCCAUGCUGCUGCCACAGCCGCAGCUGCAGCAGCAGCAGCAGCAGCAGCAGCCGGCCAGCCAUCUUCACUUUACUUUUACAGACUCAAAGUACAGAUCUUCUGAGGAAGACACAAUGCAGCAGCAGCAGCAGCAGCAUGAGGCGGACGAGGAACUGCUGCAGCAGGAAGCAGCAGAUGCGCUGCAGCAGCACUUGGGGGAUCUGCAGCAGCAGCACCCCGGAGAGCUGCUGCUGCCAGACGCAGCAGCACAUGCUUCUCUGUCUCGCGUUGACCGAAUUCAGCAGCUGCUGCACCAUCCAGAGUACCACAGGACGGAAGCAGCAGAGGCAGCAGCAGCAGCAGCAGCAGCAGCAGCAGCAGCAGCAGCAGGCACUGAAGAACCGUGUGGGAGCCCCCGAGGGCCCCUCAGCUGGCUGCUGCGCUUCUGCCGGCAGCAGCAAAGAUCUGCUCGUGUUGUUCCCUCUUUCGCGGGGCAGCGCUCUUCUCCUUCCAGCAGCAGCAGCAGCAGCAGCAGCAGCAGCAGCAGCAGCAGCAGCAGCAGCAGCAGCAGCAGCAGUUGGUCUCUGGGGAAACUGCGCGCUGCAGCAGGUCGAUUUGGGCUUGUCCGACAUGGCCACAGCGAGGCCUUGCGAGAGCCGCUGCUGCACACUGAGCAGCAGCAGCAGCAGCAGCAGCAGCAGCAGGAACGGGAAAGGGAAGCUUACCUGCAGCAGCAGCAGCAGCAGCAGCAGCAGCACUUGGCGCUGAAGCUGGAAGCCCCCGUGUCUCCUCUUGUUGCUGCUGGAGGCCUCACAGAUUUAAUGCAUCAUGAAAAUUCAGCAGCUGCAGCAGCAGGUGCGCAGCGGCCGCAGCCGCCAGCAGCAGCAGCAGCUGCUGCAGCACUGCUAAUGGGCGCCAGCCGCAGCAGCAAGGCUGGCCCCACAGCCCCAGCAGCAGCAGCAGCAGCGCAGCAGCAGCAGCAGCAGCAGCAGCAGCAGCAGCAGCAGCAGCAGCAGCAGCAGCAGCAGCAGCAGCAGCAGAAGCAGCAGCAGCAGCAGCAGCAGCAGCAGCAGCAGCAGCAGCAGCAGCAGCAGCAGCAGCAGCAGCAGCAGUUGCUGCUGCAGGCCGGGACAUGA